GUGGGAGUCUCGGUGUUGCAUCAGUGUUAGUGUUAGUGGUAUCGGGGCAGCGGGAGUGGUAUCGACGUCAGUUGUGGUUUCAGUGCCAGUGGAAGUGGUACCGGUGUUAGUGGUUGUGGGACUCAAUGCCAGUGAGAGUGGUGACGGUAUGAGUCAUGCUGAUAUUGGUGUCAGUGCCUGUGGUAUCGGUGUGAAUAAGUGUGGUAACUGUGUCUUUCUCGAGCCUCGGCGAUUGGCAGGGGAGGAAGGGACUCUGUUUCCGCACGCUAAUUGGGGUUUGGUCGUCUGGAGGUUUUAUAGAGCGCUGUUGAUCUUCGUCCCAUGAGGAGCGCGUGUUGGAAGCAGACCGUGAUCGAUGACCGAGAGAUAUGGAGUUUCGAGAAGUAUUUGAGAAGUAUUCUGGCCGUUCAAAGGGGGGAAAACCCUCGAUGUACAAAAAGAUCUUGUAAACGAGUGAAAGUCUGAAGGAGAAAUAGAAUGGCGAAGGAAGGGAGAACCUUUCCCAUCACCGUUCUCAAGGUACGAGGAAUAGAGAGGACGUUGACUGGGGCUGGAGCAACAUACGUAACAGCGUGUGAUCGAGGGGGAUUCCGCAGACACUUGUACCACGGAGUGCCUGCAUGACUGGCGCUACAGGUGUCCCAAACGCAUGAUACUAUUUUUGGAGUUUGACAGCGGACUGAUAAUACGUGAUUAUUUUUGUACAUUAUAUUUAUGAAGGAAAGUAUGGUCACUGGAAGGAUAGGUGGAAGAGAAGUCAGUGGAGUGAAUAUGAGCAGACCACUCCAGGUGAUUUUUGGAAUAUUCGCAUCAACCCAACAAAGAUUUCCAAGUGACGACGUCUGACGAGGGAGCCGAAGUAGCAUGCAACUUCGGUCAGAUGUUGCUCUCGCGCCCCGUGACAUGCCCCCAGUGGAAGGCCCGGCCACUCCCCACGGCUCAGGCUCCGCGCCCUUACAAGUCCUCUUUCUUCCAAAUCUUCUUGGACCUGAAGCUUCCCUCCAUGCCCCUGCCCUCGCGCCUCCUGCCCUUCGCCCUCCCCUCGCUGCCCGAGUCGCUCUCGUCCCUCCUCCUCAAGGUCAAGCAGCUGGGUCGUGUCUCGAGGACCGAAAGGGGGUCGUCGCUCCUUCCGUCGCUCUCGUGCGCCGCCAAGGACGUUCGCUCGCUCGCGCCCUCCCCCCUCCCCCCGAUAGAGGCCACUCCCUGCUGCUCCUGCUCCUCGUGCCGCCGUUGCUGCUCCUGCUGUUACUGCCGAGAUCCGAAAGUGCAAAGGACCUCCGACGCUCGCUGGUUCACCUGGCUCCUCAGCAACAGCGUCGCUUCGGCAGCGGAGGGAGGCGUCGCAGGCGGCAGCGGCGGCGGCGGCGGGUCGGGCCACGCCAAGAGCUGCGGCAGGUGCGGCGGCGGCUUCUCCAUCUUCUUCAACAAGCGGGUGAGGUGCGGCGGCUGCGACUUGGCCGUGUGCCGCAAGUGCGCGCCCUGGAGUGCCGCAGACAAGGCCUACGUGUGCGGCGUCUGCUCGCAGCCCGCGCCGCCCGCGCAGACCGAGCCCGAGUCGCCCAACACGCAGGCUGACGCCAUACCUGUGGACUUCAGCCAAGUUUCAGAACGGAAUAAAUGGGAUCUUCUGCUGUACUAUUACUGCUACUGUCACGGUGAGAUGAAAUUAGCAUGA